GGGCAGCUUGAGGCAGUGGCUGAAGGAGGCGAGAGGGAAACACUCGCGGUUGCAAACAAGGGAGAAGUUAGAUGGCGCUUUCCCUUUGUCGCCAUAUGUUUGCGCUUUUUCAAACGCUCUUUUUGUGAUUCGAACCCGCUCGCGUACAAUUCCGUCCGACACAAGGUGCCAGGAUGGAGGAGUCGGUGACCACCUUCGAGACCCAUCUGACGGCCGUGAUGGACAGCCUCAUCCGGGCGUCGGUGUGCGAGAUCACCAAGCUCUUCCAGGAGACGGUGGCCGACUACCUGGUGGAGAUCUCCCUCAACCGGAAGGAGAACGAGGCCCUCAAACUGCGGCUGAGACUGACGGAGAACAAGCUGAGGACCGAGCGCAAGUACGGCAUGGGCUGGGCAGCCGGCCGCCGCAACGCCGGGCUGGCGGCGACGGCGGCGGGCGAGGAAGGCGCGGGGGGGAGACUGAAACGAAAAGUUGAGCUGGACGCAGGCAAGUCAAAGAAGGGCCCCGCAGCAGCCUAUCGCAGGCGCUGGCCUAGAGGCGUGUGGGAGGAAGGUGGUGGCGGCGGAGGAGGAGGAGGAGGAGACUGUGGGGGAGCUGCAACAGGAGGAAAAGAAGGGAAAGAACCCAGGGAGAUGUAUCUGGUCCAGCUCCCGGGGUGUGAGGACGACGAGGAAGGCAUGGCGCAGGAUGAGGAAGGGGAGGGCAGCCUCAGCGGCGAGGAGGAGGAGGAGACGACCAACAUCAAAGAGGAGUUUCCUUCAGUCGACGGAUAUCAACCAGCCUCUCUCAGGCUAAUCAAGGAGGCUCUGAAGAUAGAGCGCCCUAACCACAACCCCCGCAAUAGUUCCAGAGCCCAAAGUGAAGGAGACCUCUCCGACCGUCCCUUGAGCCUUGCCUCCACAAAGAAAGAGGACGACAGCUGGGGCUCUGAGGAGCCAUCAGAGAGCGGUAUGACAAUGGAUGAACUGAGGGGCUUGGAGUCGGCUCUGAGAGCAGAGAUAGGCCGGGAGCAGGGAGCCGUAAUCGCCGCUCAGGGUGUAAGUCCUGCUUCUGAGGUGGUGUUGGCCAGCAAGAUCACCUUGCCUCCCAAGUACAUCGGACUUGAUGGAAUGGAGCAGGAGGGAGAUGUGGAGCCACAGCCGCCUACCCUGCAGCGAGAGGACCAGAUAGGACCAGGCUGGGCAAAGGACCGUGUGAGAUCCGUGGAGCUGAAGUCGGGCAGGUGCAAGAAGACGAGAGAGAAUGACUCGGCUCCAAAUGGGGAGGAGGGAGUCGAGCAGGGGAAGUCGGCGCACCUCCCACAUCCACCUGCUCCAGGAAGUGUCGGCGAGAGCGCAGGGGAAGAGGAUGGCGGUGGCGACCUGCUCCACUUCUGUCCUCAGUGCGGUGGUGGGUUCACCACAGAGGCUGAGAUGGAGGAGCACCCCUGUCCACUAGGCGGCGCUCACUUAGAGAGCAGCGGCGGAGAGGAGAGUAUCUUCCCUUGCGCCCACUGUGGGAACACAUUCAGCCACGCGUGGGCGCUCAAGAACCACGAGUGUGCUUGCGCAGCCGAGCGGCCCCACUGCUGCGAGAUUUGCGGGAAACGUUUUACGCAUUCGCGCUCGUUGGAACGCCAUCAUCUGGUGCACACGGGCGAGAGGCCGCACCAGUGCCCGUUGUGCGGGCGCAGCUUCAGUCGCCUCGGGAACCUGGAAAGGCACCAGAGGAUCCACACGGGCGAACGUCCUUACGGGUGCGACGCGUGCGGGAAGCGUUUCAGUCGAGUGGAGUACUUGAAGAGACACCAGUUGAUACACAACGGGGAGAAGGCCACGCUGCAGUGCUCCGCCUGUGGGGUCAACUUCCGCGACGUGGAGCAGCUGAAAAGUCACCAGUGUUUUUAGACACUUCAAAUAUCUCAGAGAACUGGAAUGGUAAGAGCAGCUUUUUAAAUGAAUGUGGUAGAAUUUAGGCGACUAACAUGUCUGGCAUUUGUCUGUGGUUUGAAUCUCGUAAGAAACACCUGACAAGAUCAUCAUGAACAGACUGAAAGGAACUAUAAACUACAUGAUGAGUCAACUCGUCUGCCAUUUUGACUGGAGAUAUUCUUUGUAUUAAGCCUAUAAUUAUUUAUAAAGACAAAUUGUACAUUUGUAUGUUUGUAUUAAUACUAAUCACUCUUGAAAAAUGAAAGAAUUGUUUUUUUCCCCAAUGACAGCAAUUGUAUAUUUGUCUAUGGUCAGCAUCAAGAAAUAAACAUUUCAGUU